ACAUGAACUUUGUGGAAGAGUCUGGAAGUGUCGCCCUGGACAGGGCUGUCGUUGACCAACACGGCCUGAUGGUGGCCAAAGUGGUGGCCAUGGUGGUGCUCAUUGUCAUCACUGUGAUCUGCGGCAGUCUGCCGUACAUGCUGGAUCGCUGCCUCGAGUGGACCAAGCAGAAUCCCGAGGAAACCCGCUCAUCGACGGUGGUGCGUUGUCUGCUGUUCUUCGGCGGUGGAGUGCUGAUCUGCACCACAUUUCUGCACAUGCUGCCGGAGAUAAUUGAGGUGGUGGAGAAGCUGCAGUCGUGCGGAGUUCUAGCGGACACACCCUUUGCCCUGCCGGAAAUGCUGCUCUGCACGGGCUUCUUUCUGAUGUACGCGCUGGAUGAGCUGAUGCACAGCGUCGUGCAUCGCCACCAGAAGAAGCUCGACAGGAAGGAGUCGGUGGCUAGUUGCGCCUUCGAGCGGGGACACAGCAUACGGCGGAGUGUACUCGUGAGCAAAAGAGGCGCCGAGGAGCCAAGGAUCCUACACGAAGACGAGCAGCAGCCCAAGGAUCAUCAUGGACACUCGCACAUGCCCGUGGGAUCAGGCAGCGACAGCGUUGGUUCCUCCAUGCGCGGACUGGGUAUUAUCUUGGCACUCUCCCUCCAUGAGCUCUUCGAGGGCAUGGCCAUUGGACUGGAGGGCACCGCCGGCACCGUUUGGUUCAUGUUCGCUGCGGUGGCUGCCCACAAGCUGGUGCUGGCCUUUUGCGUGGGCAUGGAGCUGCUGGUGGCUCGCACGCGUAGCUCGCUGGCCAUCAUCUACCUCAUAACCUUCUCGAUUGUCACGCCCAUUGGCAUCGGUGUGGGCAUCGGGAUCAGUCAGAAUGUGCAGCCGAAUCAGCCGAGCGUCCCAUCGGGCAUACUGCAAGGCAUCGCCUCGGGCACACUGCUUUAUGUCGUCUUCUGCGAAAUUCUCACCGAAAACCAUGCCGGCUGGCGCGCCUACAUAGCCGCCCUCGCCGGUUUCGCCCUGAUGUUCGGACUGCAAAUACUUUCUGACGUAGCGGAGGGCGACGAUGGCCUGGUGUGUUCCUAGAAUUGCCACCACUCGACAGGAUGUACCAGAAAGCAAUAUAUUUCAUCAAAUGCUGUUGAGUGUGAUGGAUAUAUUGGG